GCGGGGCAUAGUGGAUACUCAAUUCCUUUUCCGGUCCCGGUGUGUUCGGUCUUCCUGAGUCGCAGCUAGUUGUGUUCGAGGUACUGGAAGGAGAGGAGCUGAGUGAACGGCGGCGGAGAGAUGUCGGAUAACGAGGACAAUUUUGAUGGUGAUGAUUUUGAUGAUGCCGAAGAAGAUGAAGGACUUGAUGACUUGGAAAAUGCUGAGGAGGAAGACCGGGAGAAUGUUGCAAUCUUACCAGCUGGUGAAGGACAACAAGCAAACCAGAAACGAAUCACAACAAAUUACAUGACAAAAUAUGAAAGGGCACGUGUUUUGGGUACCAGAGCACUACAGAUAGCAAUGUGUGCACCUGUUAUGGUGGAGCUUGAAGGAGAAACUGACCCAUUGCUUAUUGCUAUGAAGGAACUAAAAGCCAGGAAGAUCCCUAUAAUCAUCAGACGCUAUCUUCCUGAUGGAAGUUACGAAGACUGGGGGGUGGAUGAGCUCAUCAUUACUGACUAAAGCCACUGGAUCUUCCCUUUCUUGGAUGUUCCACUUUGUUUUUAUGUUUUAUUAGUCUACAGUUCCUUCUGAUAUUGUACAGAAAUAUUUUUAAAUAUAUAUUUUGCAGUAUUUAUAUUUACAUGCCAAUGUGACAGGAAGAUGUUGACAACGUGUACCCAUUGUAAACAUUUUUGUUCGUAGAGACAGAUGUAGCUAGUGAGCAUUUUUAAAGUGUUGUAGAUUUUGUUAUGAGUAAACUACAACUUAUUGGCAUGAAGAAUCUUCUAGGACUAUUUUUUUUUUUUUUUUUUCUCUUUGCUGUACGUUUAUUAUUCUCCUGCAUUUAAAUUAAGAUUACUGUACUUGGCAAAUCGGAGUUCUUUGGCUCCCUUGAAGAAAUCAGCAGUUUAACUCCAGAAUGUAACUAGUACCCCUCCUCAGCCUCUACCCACUACCUGUUCUUACUAGAACAGAAGACUCAUUGUAUACCUCUGCACCUGUUUCUAUGGAAAUGCUCAAGGUGGGGACAAAUUUCUCAGGAGUAUCGGAAAGCUAGAUGAAUCCCACUCUUUGUUUCAUCCAAGUUCGUGGUCUGUUGCUCCUGCGUUCCUGUCACACCUGGGGGACAGGUUAGCUCUGAUUCCUGUGCUGCAUUCACAUAUUGUCAACAUAUCUGCAGAUUAAAAUGCCAGCCAUAUGCUAAAACUUUGCUGUCAGCAGGUACAAUGCCACUUGAAAAAUGUGCAAAUAUAUACGUCUCACUACUUAAUCAAUUUCAGAUUACUUUUUGGGAUACAACUGAAGACACCUUUCAACAUCCUUUUUCCAAAUUGUUUAUUAAAAUUGAUAAAAACGUA